CUUCGCAAGAAACUAGCAGAGAAGUACAAGGACGGCACCUUGAAGGCGGUCUCUACGCGAUCGGCUUCGCGUCGGCCGACCGCGGCGGUCACAGCGGGCAAGAAGCGCGGUCGCUGGGACCAGACGGGACCGCAGGACGCCACACCCGCCAAGAAGCCCGGACCACAGGAGUCGCCCUGGGAGAAGGAGGAUGCAACUCCAGCCAGCACUCGUUGGGACGAGACGCCGGGCCGCGCCAAGUCGGCGUCAGGUGCAGAGACGCCAGGUGCGACGCCGGGUGCUGCGAGUACACGCGUGUGGGAGGCGACGCCCGGACACGCCACGCCGGGACACGAGACGCCCGGACAUGCGGACAAGGCCGGCAUGUCAGCUAGGCGUAAUCGGUGGAUGAGACCGCCCAAAACUGAACGAGAAACGCCAGGCCACACGGGGGGCUGGCGGAAACGCCGCGUACGGAUCGUGGCGGCGUGGACCUUAUCCAGAGACGCCGACGCCGGCGCCUCCAAGCGCCGCUCGCGCUGGGACGAGACGCCGUCCAAUCAGAUGCAUGCGACGCCCGUGCUAGGCGCCGAGCACGCCUACUGUGGCCGGGGCCACGCCUCAGACGGCUGGAGCCCGCCCAGUUUCUACGCCCGGUCACCUGAUGACAAUGACUCCGGAACAGCUGCAGGCGUACCGAUGGAGCGCGAAAUUGACGAGCGCAACCGACCCUACACAGAUGACGAACUCGAUUCCAUGUCCCCAGCCGGGUACAAGGUGCUCACGCCUCCUGCUG